AUGACUCGCGUUGAUGAUAUGAAACAUCGUGCCCUUUCUUGGGAAAGGGCAAAUGCUACCAUCCCGGAAGAUGGGAAAAUGCAUACUGGCGGUGAUGCAGCACGACCAAAAGGACGCAUCCGACGAUCGAUGACAGCCUGCAAUACCUGCCGUAAGCUCAAGACGCGCUGCGACUUGGAUCCACGUAGCCAUGCGUGUCGUCGAUGCAUCUCAUUAAGAAUUGAUUGUCAACUCCCAGAGACCGGGGAAAAGUUUCAUGACAAUAUUUCAAUGUGGUCGGAUGCGACGGCAUCUAUUCCCUCCAUCGAGGAGCGACUCGCUUCGUUGGAAAGAAGCAUCGGAGAGAUGACUCGCACGAUGCGACAAAUGAUGGACAGAUCACCAAGUAUGUCGAGCGCUUCUACAUCGCAACUAGCCAGGAGUGUUGCGACGGAUGAAACCGCUUCGUAUGAUGGGAGUCCACCAUCGCCUCUUGUUCCCAAACCAGUUCAUAUGAUCCAGGAACUCCAUUCUGAGUUCUUUGGAGAAAUGGAUGGUUUCGGCGCUGGUGCCAACUUCUCGAGUGAUAUCGUGUCGAAAGGAAUCAUAGACUCGAAAUUGUCGUUGAAAUUGACGCAACUAUUCGUUGACCAAUUCGGGUCUCGAAUUUCCAUCGACAAUCUGUCUGAUCUGCAUGAUAUGGGUCGUACUGAUCCAUUUCUAUUCAGCACGGCUUGUCUUUUGGCUUCUCGAUAUGUACCUGGGAUGCCACAGCAAGCAAUCCGUGCGAUGUACCUUCAAGUGCGACAUGCUGCAUCGAAUGCAUUGUGGAAUACUCCACCCCUGGCGUAUGAAUCGCUUCAAGCACUUACACUCCUCUGUUUGUGGUCGCCAACAAUUCAGAAGGGGGCUCUGAUGGAUAGUUGGUUGCUGAGCGGAAUCUCGAUCAACCAUGCCCUUAUCUCCUUUGAUUUUCUCGACUGCGUUCCUGCUGGACAGGUUAGCAAUGACAUGUUUAAGAAGCUGCGUUUAUGGAACAGUCUUUGUUUGACUCAAUUGCACUUUGCAAUUGGAAACGCUCGUCCUUUCAACAUACAGCAGAGAUAUCUGGACCACUGCCCACGGAUUCUUGAGCACCCGAGUGCUACCUCUGAGGAUGGAAAGGUCGUGGCGGAGAUUCAGCUAUAUCUCAUCACUCUGAAGAUACAGAAAACCAGCCAACGCAUGCAAUAUGCAGAUAGCGAGUAUGAGGAAAUCGAACGUUGGAAGAUGGAGUGGGCGCACCUAUUAACCAGCGAGUCAUCACUCCAACUUAGCCUGUGGUUCUGCCAACUACUCCUCCAUCGAACGAUCAUGAGGCUGCACCCAGAAUGCGACAGACUCAUACCCGAAAUCAUCCAGAUAUCACGACUCAUCGUGUCCAAGUUCAUGCAGAUCCGCUUCUCCGUGGCACUCGGCUUCAUCGACCAAACAUACUUUAUCGUCGGCUACGCAGCCCUGACCCUCUGCGACUUUAACGUCAUGGACCCCCUAAUCGACCAGAUCCAAACCUUCCUACUCCAUCUAUCCCCAAACGAAGACCACAUCGCAUAUCGGUUUUCGUGCAUCAUUGCAGAGCUCAGACGACGACAUACAGAAGAAAAUGACCCAUUCCGGAUAGUCAAGGGUACUUUGUUCAGUGAUCCGUCUAAGAUGAACGUGGACCAAGCGGAGUUUAUGCCUUCUCUUAUGAAUACGGUGGUUGAUGAGUAUGAGGCUUUGGAACAGCUUAUUCCUGGGCUUGUACCGUCUAAUGGGUUUCCCGCGCCAAUGUUUGAUACUUCUAUGCAUGGUGCGAUUCCGGGGGUGAUGGUGCGGAAUACCUUGUGA